AUGAAUUAUCCUUAUCAGCCAUAUAGGCCAUAUUCAAGAGUACCAAAUACUUCAGUACAUAACCCUAAUAUUAUCUCUUAUGUUGAUUCAGUACUCUCUAAAUCUAGAAAUAAUUACACUUCUGUUCAAUUAGACUCAUAACCAAAGUAUCAAACAUACUAGACUAAUACAAUUAAAACCGAUACAGAUUUAAAAAUCGCAACCAAUUCUCCCCUAAUUUUAACACAAAAAUCNAGAGCUGCAUUCAUUGAAGUUACUGAUGAAUAAAAACAUAAAGUUAAUAAAGCAUUAAGAUAAGUUAAAGCUAAUACUGAAAAUUUUGGACAUUAAUAUUCUUCAUUUAUUUAAGCAUUAACUAAUUUAACUGAAGGAUUCAAUUUCAAAGAUAGAUAAGUUUUAAAGGAAAUGUGUGAUUUCUUAAAUAGUUUAAGAUUAAAUAUAUUUGAUGCAUUAACUAAAGCUUAUAAAGAUGAAGACAGUUAAAAAUAAUAAGAUGAAUUAAGAAGAUAAUAAUUAACAUCUGAAAAAGCAGUAUUUGAUUAAUAAUAUGCUGAUUUCUAUUAAGAAAGAGAAGAUAAAACUGUUAGAAUAUCUGAUGUUUAAACUAUGAUAUCAACUAGAGAAGCUGAUCUUAAAGCUUAUUAAGAUAGAUUAAGAACUGAAAAUAAUAAUUAUUCAGCCAAUCUUAAAAUACAUGAUGAUAUUGUGGUAUUCUUAUCAAAUUUAUAUAGUCAUCUGUUUAAUAAGAAUUAGCAGUCUUAGCUAAAGCAUUGUAAGUGGUUUAAACUCCACCAUUCUUAGAUUUCUUAAAUGGAAGAAUUGCUAAAGCAUGA